UCGUGCAUUGGGUGGAAAGUGUUGCUGGCAAGAGUCUUGCUCGGAGCUUAGCAGAGGGGGUAUCAAUCUCCGAAAUAGGGAGUUUGUUUGUGGGAGCCGCAGCACCUUCGCUGUUGUCGUUAGGUCACGACCCGGUAAGAUGGCAGAGCUGAGGCACCGUGUAGCCAGAGACACCGACCCUGCAUUUCAGCAGCAGCCGUCAGAUGACAAGGGUUCAGACAGUGAGCAGAAGGCAGAAAAAGAUGGGGUGUCAGAUAAUGAGUCCAAAGUGGACUCAGGGGUCCCAGAGGUGCCAGUCCCUCCUGAUGACACCCCUGAGGUUUUAAACAAGGCCCUAUCUGGACUCUCUUCAAGAUGGAAAAACUGGUGGGUACGAGGCAUCCUGACACUAGCCAUGAUUUGCUUCUUCUUCUUCAUCAUCUACCUGGGCCCCAUGGUGCUUAUGAUGAUUGUCCUCUGUGUUCAGAUCAAGUGCUUCCAAGAAAUCAUCACCAUUGGUUACAGCGUGUACCACUCCUACGACCUGCCCUGGUUCAGGACAUUGAGCUGGUACUUCCUGCUAUGUGUGAACUACUUCUUCUAUGGUGAGACUGUGACAGAUUACUUCUUCACACUGGUUCAAAGGGAGGAGCCGCUCCGCAUCCUCAGCAAAUACCACCGCUUCAUAUCCUUCGCCCUCUACCUCACAGGUUUCUGUAUGUUUGUGCUGAGUUUGGUGAAGAAACAUUACCGCCUUCAGUUUUACAUGUUUGGUUGGACCCAUGUGACUCUCCUGAUUGUGGUGACCCAGUCUCACCUCAUCAUACACAACCUGUUUGAGGGGAUGAUCUGGUUCAUUGUGCCCAUUUCUUGUGUGAUCUGUAAUGACAUCAUGGCCUACAUGUUCGGUUUCUUCUUUGGACGAACCCCUCUCAUCAAGCUAUCACCUAAGAAGACUUGGGAGGGCUUCAUUGGUGGAUUCUUCUCCACCAUUGUUUUUGGCAUCAUGCUCUCCUACGUCAUGGCUGGCUAUCGCUACUUUGUGUGUCCAGUGGAGUUCAACAAUGACUCCAACAGCUUCCAGGUGGAUUGUGAGCCAUCAGACCUGUUUCAGCUCCAGGACUACGCCCUGCCCAGUGUGCUGGAGUCUGUCACUGGAUGGACUACAGUGCGCCUGUAUCCAUUCCAGAUCCACAGCAUUGCUCUCUCUUCCUUUGCCUCCAUCGUGGGACCCUUCGGUGGCUUCUUUGCCAGCGGCUUCAAGAGAGCUUUCAAGAUCAAGGAUUUUGCAAACACCAUUCCAGGUCAUGGAGGCAUUAUGGACAGAUUUGACUGCCAGUACCUCAUGGCCACAUUUGUUAAUGUCUACAUUGCUAGCUUCAUUAGGGGCCCCAACCCUACCAAGGUGAUCCAGCAGCUCUUGGCCCUCCGUCCCGAUCAGCAGCUCUACAUCUUCAACUCUCUGAAGGCUCACCUGACAGAGAAAGGCCUGCUGCCGGCGCUGGAGGAGGUCGCCGCUGCUUAGAGCCCCCCACCCCCCCAGCAACCACAGCUAGCUCGCCCUGAGAGGAGGGGGAAAUGGAGAUGAGGGCAGCGGCACCCAGGGAGCCCCCGUGCGGCCCUGGAGCUCUGGGAAGACUCGCAGUGCUUUGCGUGAGCGAGAACACAUCUGAGAAAAACAAACAGAAAAACCACAAAAUCGACAGCCUUGGGUCAUUCCAUUUCAUGUGGGUGUGGGAGUCAUUCUUUUUUGUGUUCCUGCAGUCUGUGAAUCAUGUUUCUGACACCAGUGUUUUCAGGUUGAGUUUGUGAAUCACUGUACUUUUACACAUUUCCAUUACAGUCACCCUCUAUCUAUUUACACUGUUAAACACAAUGUUGGUUUGCUGUACAUUUCUACCUGUACACACAAUAUCCUCUAUAUAUAUCUAUUAUUAUUAUUGUGUGUUGAUAUUUUAUAGUUUUUAUUAUUUCAGUGCACUGCUCUCAGCCCUGUUACUCACUGUAUUCUUACUUCUGCUGCACCCUCUCCUCUAAAUUAAGUUUAAGUUUCUUUAUUGUGAGUUUUUCUAUUUAUACAUAGAUGGUUUUAUAUUUGGUAUGGUUCUAUUAUAUCUUAAUGUGGUGUCUUUUUUUGUUCAGACUGAAUUCCCCGUUGCCAUCUGCCACAUGCAUUUGUUUUUUUGUUUUUUUGUUUUGUUUUUUUGUGUCUGUUUUUCUGCCAUUCAACAAAGCCUCUCAUGCUUGGCCAAAUCAUUAACGUGAUUGUGCCGAAGUCUAAGGUGAACAACUACAUUACACUUAAAGGGGACCUAUGAUGCUUUGUUGCAGCACUAUUAUUAUUAUUGGUGGUAUCAGUAGUUUUACAUGAUUUGCAGUUCAGAGUAGUCCUUAUCUUAUAUUGGGCCUUGGUGCAGGUCCUCAGUUCACCUUCGGAAACAAGGUCCAGCUUCCUUCCCUUUUAAACUUCCUUCUGAUUGGCUGCCUCUCACAGUUUUGAACAGCAGGUUUCCACUGAUAUCACACAGAGCCAAGAAUAGAGAGGAAAAGACAGCUCAGAGAUUACAUAUUCACUGACCUCACAUUUGAAAGGUUAGCCAUGUUUAAUAUGAGCAUCCACCAUUGUAGCAGUAUGUAUGUGUGUGUAUAUAUGACAGGAAAGAAAGGAAAGCAGAAUAGGUCCACUUUAGGUCCAUCCAGUCUUUAAGUUCACAACUGUUGGUGGUGUAAGGAACAUAAAAUCCACAAUAUCUUGUUGAUAGAAAUGCUUUUUAUUUUGAUUUUAUUUUUGCGGUUCGUUGCCUGUUGACUGUAAGGUACAGAGGAAUUGUUGCAUUCCAGCUGCUCCCUUUGACACUGCUGGAAUCGGUAACAGAACAAGUAGGCCACAGAGUUUCUACACUGCCAUCAUCAGCUGCUUCUGCGUGCUGUGAUGUCACUGUGUUUCCGGGCUUCAGUGCGCAAACGGCACAUAAACACUGACCGGUCAGCUCGAGCUAUUUGAAUGAAAUCGUUGCUGUAAAGUGGCCUGUUGCUUUCUUGUUAGGUUAAACUUCAUCAAAACGGUUCCUUAUUGUGUACGUGCUGCCGUUCAUUCCCAGAGAUUUUCCAGUGGAAGUUUUUAUUUAUGCUACUUUCAACUGUGUGUAUUGGAUUUAAUUCUAAAAUAUAAAAGCUGGAGCUUCUUUACAGUUGGUUUCCUUUCAGUUUGGCUUUCUGAGUGAGUUUCACACACACGCUGCAGAUGUUAAAGGGGUACCACACCACUUUGUUUUUUUUAAACCUGCCACAUUGACUCAUGCUCUUAAUCUGAAGACAAAUUUUGGUGGAAAAAUGUGGGCAUUUGAGUUGGGGUUAAUCAAGCGAAAGGCGCUGUUUGUUAAGAUGCGUUGUUGGAAGUGUCUGGCUGAUUCAUCCUCUGUGGCUUUUUCCUGUUAAAUGCGAUAGAGCCGUUUAUUCCAUUCAAGCUUAGAAACGACUGAGGUGUGGAUUAGAUUUCAGGUGAGAGGACAGGAGAAUGGUUGAUCUUUGCCUACAGGACCAAUCAGCAUCAUGUUUGUACACAUUCAUUGUUUUCUUUCUGUCCAGUCUGAACAGUUUUUUAUUUGGAAGUCUGUACUCAAAGGACAAAACAGCAAUAUGAACAUUCAUGCAGUAGUCAGUGUAGCAGGGAUGUGACCAUGGACAGUUUAAAAAAAAAAAGAAGUGCUAUUUAUGUAUAAAUAUACUAUUUAUUUAUACAGUUUAUUAGUCAGUAUGUCUAUGCUAACCAUAAAAACCAGCUGAUUCAGUAAAUGACUCCUUCAUUUCAACUUAAAUUCCCUCUGAUCAGAUAUUCACCUAAAAAAAACAAAAAAACAAAGUUGUAUUUUUAAGCAAAGAACCUUUUUUGCUACCCAGAUUUUGCUUCUGCUUGAUCGUGGCAAUCAAUUUCUAAAAGUUGAUUUUAAUAUUUUUUUAUAGAAGGAGCCGCUGUAUAGCCCAAACGAGUUUUUUCCUCCUAUAUUUGAAUUUCAUUCCAUUCACAAUUUUUGUGACGUCCAGCCGCUCGUCAUCUUUAAGAUGUUUUAUUUAAGCAAACCUUUUUCAAAGUUACUAUAUUAUAGAUUUAUUAAGAGGAUGUUCAGAAAAAUUAUUUUGAGUGUUUAGUAUUUUUGCUUAGAGGCAUAUUUAUUAUUAUUGCCAUAUAGGAAAAAGUAUUGAAAUAGCAGAAAAGUGUUUUCUUGCUGUGGCUUUAGUACAUUUGGAUGUGUUAUUUAAGCUCUUCCCUGAUAGCCGUUGUGUGUCUACUUCUGCGUGGUUGUGCAAGUUGAAUCAACCUGGAUACUAGUGGACACUUAUUUUAGUAGGUUCCAGAUAACUAGUGUCUCAGCAGGCACAGGUACCUCAUGUUUUUCGGGCCUCACUGUCUCCGUUGUCAUUCAGUGGUGCAGGUUUUUAGCCCCGCAGCUCUGUACUGCCAUUUCACUGCCUGGUGUUCAGACGGCCACUAGAGAGAGCUGUAGCUCCUGUGCUCAGCUGAUGGAGUGUCACACUCUGUGGGUGGAUGGGUUUGACCCUUUCUAACUGCUGCUUGAUACAUUCCAGUACCCCUAAAGUUGAGAUUUGCUCACAAGCAGGUAAUUUCUAAGAGAUAAUCAUGCCACUUUAAACUAAAAGAGAAACCUGAUUCUGACCCUCACCCCCAUUUUUCAAGGGCACCCAGGAUUCACCUCUGUGCCAUUUUUAAUCAACACAGUGCCACUUUGCUGUUGUGCAUCCUGCCAGGCCAGGAGCCUCUGAAAAGGAAUGUAUGGGAGAGAUGUGUCUGUCCCACGUACUGUGUAGAUUCCCCCUUGUGUUUUAUUUUAUGGUUCGAGGUUCUCUUACACAACUAUAUGAUUUUUCAGUAUAUAAUUAUUCAGAUGUGCAAUGGUUUGUGUUGCGUUGUACAUUGUCUAGAGAAAAGCUGUAAUCUUUUGAUGCUGAAAUGUGCUU